AUGAUCCUAGCAGCGGUGGUAUCAUCUCUUGCCAUACGGAACAGCAAAGCGGGACAGGAAAUGGAGGAAUGCCGCAUACAACGUGAAUCAGACAAAACAGACGAACAAGUCCAACUGAGCGCGCAUGCGUAUGAUGUUCUUACAGACCUAAGAACAAAUGGACAACUUUGUGAUGCUAUACUAGAGGUCGAAAACCGGAAGUUCUCAGUUCACCGUGCAGUCAUGUCUAUCAGUAGUCCAUACUUCCGAACGCUUUUUACAAACAAAUUAACGACAGCUGACCAAAGGGAAUUUGUGAUCCCGUCAGUAAGCGCAGAAGCGAUGCAGACUAUCAUUGAUUUUGCAUACACGAAAAAGGCUAAAAUCGACUUGAAAAAUGUGAAACAACUACUUCCGGUUGCAGAUCGACUACAUGUGUACGAACUUGCAAAGCAAUGCUGUGACUUCCUGUCUGAAAACCUAGACAUAGAGGGAUGUAUGGAUACCUACAGAUAUGCGAAGAAACACUACUUUUCAUAUCUAGAGGGAGCAUGUUACAACUAUAUAAUGAAAAAUUUUCGCAAAAUUUCAUUGUCAAGUGAAGCUUUUGCAGAACUCAGUAUUGACGAAGUUUGUCAGAUCCUUUCCUCUGACGAUCUAAAUGUUAAAAAUGAAGAACUGGUUUUUACUGCUCUUAUACGUUGGAUUGAUCACGACCCUGACCGAAGGAAAUGUGAGAUAUACCGAUUGUUGAAAACAGUACGGCUCGGAUUUCUCACUACAAGAUUUUUCGCAGAAAGCGUUCGGUCACAUCCGUAUGUCGCUGAAAAUUUGCCUAGUCAGCCUCUCAUCCACGAAGCCUUAAAGUUCCUCUGUUCGCUGGAUCUAGACGAUUUCAGGGUACUUAACCUUGAGAGCCCAUUGGCCAAACCAAGGAUCCCGCACGAGGUUCUGUUCAUGGUUGGCGGAUGUCGUAAUGGAAGCAUGACCAAUGACGUAAAAUCCUAUGACAGUCGGGCCGAAAAGUGGAUAGAUUGUCGUUUUCUGGACAAAGAUCUGCAUGCUUACCAUGCGUUAGUUGCCAUGGGAACUAAGAUAUACGUCAUCGGCGGCUAUGACGGAUUUCACUACAUCAAUGGCGUGCGGUCUUUUGACGUUGUCAGUAAGAAAUGGGCUGUCGUUGCUCCAAUGCACGAAAACAGAUGUUACGUCACUGCUGUGCAGCUCGGGGAAUACAUAUAUGCCAUAGGAGGCUUUGAUGGCCACGACAGACUAAGAUCGGUCGAGAAUUACCUCCCUUCCCGGAACCAGUGGACAAUGAUCCCAUCAAUGCAUCACCGACGCAGUGACGCAAAAGCCACGACACUUAACGGGAAAAUUUACAUUUUCGGAGGUUUUAACGGCGAUGUGUGCCUGAACUCUGGGGAAUAUUACACACCUUUAACUGACCAAUGGACGUUGAUUGAACCUAUGCGCAUGCGCAGAACCGGCUUCGGUGUGGCUGCACUGGACGGUUAUAUAUACUGUAUGGGAGGAUUCGGUGGGAUCACUCGCCUUUGUUGUGGUGAACGCUACAAUCCGGCUACUGACACGUGGCAUGCGAUCCCAGAUAUGUUCUAUAUUCGCAGUCACUUUGGGUUCGAGGUGGUAGAUGACAUGCUGUUUGCCUUUGGAGGAUUCGACGGAAUCAGUUCUAUCGCCGGCGUCGAGUAUUUUGAUGUCAAGACACAAGAAUGGUAUGACGCAGGAGACUUACCACGCAGUCUUGAGGCAUUCGGAACAUGCGUUAUGAAAGACAUUCCGAACGUCAAAGAUUACAUUUAUCAACCAAAGCAAAAAGAAAAAUCUGACAUAAAAAAAUCUAUUUGA